AUGGAGCCAUCUGAGGGACGGAAAUCCCUCCGUACGUUGGCAUUCGCCUCCGUAGCACUGGCCACUAUGAGCGUUCUGUCUUGCAUUAUCAGUCUCCCCCUCGUCUACAAUCAUGUCCAAUCCAUCCAGUCUUAUAUGCAGAAUGAGGUCGACUUCUGUAAGACUCGCUCUAGAGAAAUGUGGCGAGAAAUGGUGACCGUGCAGUUCACAACAACUGGUAAGGUGAACCCUCGAGCCAAAAGAGAAGCCUACGAGGCCCAGCCAGUGGAUACUCAUUCAAAUCCGUCAUCCGUCGCUGGGUCCUGCUGCACCUGCCAAGUUGGUCCUCCAGGGCCUCCAGGACCUCCUGGACGAGACGGAAGACCAGGUGCCCCAGGAAGACCUGGAAAUCCUGGCCCACCAGGCAGAGAUGGAUCCCUUCUACCAGGACCACCACCGAAACCCCCAUGUCAGAAAUGUCCACCUGGACCACCUGGCCCUCCAGGACCGCCUGGACCAAAGGGUCUUCCAGGACCGCAAGGAGAUCCCGGUACGCCUGGACGUGAUGGAAUCCCUGGACUUCCUGGACCUCCUGGCCCACCAGGUCCUCAGGGACCUCCUGGUGUCCCCGGAGAGAAGGGACCACCAGGUGAACCUGGAAAAGUUAUUAAUGGUGCGCCACCCGGUCCUCCCGGCCCACCAGGACCUCCUGGACCGCAAGGACCACCAGGACCACCCGGAAAGGACGGACAAGCUGGAAGACCAGGACCACCUGGUCCGCCUGGAGAUCCUGGAGAGAAGGGUGCCGAUGGAUUACCUGGGCCUCAUGGACCUCCCGGGCCCCGAGGACCACCAGGACAACCAGGUUCCUGCGAUCAUUGUCCUCCUCCGCGAACUGGACCAGGAUAUGGUCGUCUUUAA